AUGCACCCUAAUAUCUCAUCUGUCGCGGUGGGACUGCUCCUGCUAUGGUGCGAGUUAGCUCCAGUCUCAUGCGCCCAGCAAGCGGGGACGAGCAGGAAGCUUGUCCCAGACAGUGCUCUCCACCAGAGUCCACUAAGACAAGCACUGCCAGAAGUGGUGCUAUCGGACACCUGGGAUGUUCUAGGGCCGUUCAGGCUCGGUACAAGAGAGGCCAUCUGGGGAGCAGACCCAUUGGAGUAUCACGGUGGAUUCCACAAUCUAUCCUAUGAGCCCAAUGCCACAUUCAGCAGUGCCCUUGCAACGAAUGGAUCUGUUCAAUGGAGCACCACCUAUGCAACUAUAGCAAGGUCUUUUCACGGCCAAGUCCAGGCGGCCCUCAAUGUGAGCUUUCCAGCCGUCAAUUGGGAAUUCAUGAAAUCGGUCUAUGGCUGGUCAGCAUUGCAGUAUCAAGCAUGGGCGCGUGGGAUCCUAGAGGUCAAGGGAUCUCAACCACAGACUAUUGCACUCUUCGGGGAUGGUCUGUUGGAAUUCUUGGUGGAUGGCGAGCAGUAUUUCGGUGGGGAUAUGUUUCAGUAUCAUCGGGUACCCAGCCUGAUCAUAUUAGCACCGGGACGUCAUGUAUUGGAGCUACGACUCACUCGUGAUGUCCGGGCCCACGGUGGACUUAGCAAUGCCAUCAAAGUCACGAUUCAAGCCGAGCUGCGGGGAGCAGAGCCCAUCACGCUGGACGAACAUAGUCUGUUGAUCUCUGAACUGGCUAAUAGGAAAAUCGGGACUCCAUGGGCCUCGAUCAAUGUGCAGAACAAUGACGAGAAUUUGGUGGAAAUCAAAUCGAUCCGCGCAUUGAAGGUUGGCUCCUACGUCUUACCACGAUAUGUUUUGGGUUGUCUGCUGAUGCUCUUCCUCGAUCUAGACUGCGCAUCGCGUGUCCAUGCAAAAUUCACUGCGGAUUGCUGGACACCAGACUCGGCCUCUGGUUUUCAAGAUCUCUCUCUCGGCGGACCAUGA